UAUGCGAGCGAAAUGCGCGUGCACGUGAACGCGUGAGGAAACUUUCACUGUGCGUGUGUGUGUGUGUGUGUGUAUAUAUACAUCUAUAUAUACGUGUGUGUGUGUGUGUGUGUGUGUUCGCGGAGGACUCAGAUGCUGCGUGUUUUCCUCGUAAGAAGUCUCUCGUCAUGGAUCUGAUCGACAGAGGUGUGUGAGUGUUCCCCGUCACUUGUUUUGAUGGCCGUGGUUCUCGUCGCUCUGCAGCUCUUCUUCUUCUCCCGAUCCCUGGCGCUCGUCUCCUUGCACGAUCAUGACCCGCCCACCAACGCCUCGCAGCGUCUUCCCGACGUCGUCAUCGUCGGCGUGAGGAAGGGCGGGACCCGCGCUCUCCUCCAGAUGCUGAGUCUCCACGGCGACGUGGCGGCGGCGCAGAGCGAGGUCCACUUCUUCGACUGGGACGCUCACUACCGGCGCGGCGAGGACUGGUACGUCUCUCAGAUGCCGCUCGCCCGGCCGGGUCAGCUGACGGUGGAGAAAACCCCGGCGUACUUCACCUCCGAGCGCGUUCCCCAACGAAUCCGGCAGAUGAUGCCCGACGCGCGACUGCUGCUGAUCGUCCGCGAGCCGACCGAGCGACUGCUCUCCGAUUACACGCAAGUCUUCCACAACCGCCUGGAGAAACGCAAGCGGCCGCAGACGCUGGAGACGCUGCUGCUGCGCGACGGAGAGCUCAACCUGGACUAUAAAGCCUUGAACCGCAGCCUGUAUCACGUCCACAUGCGGCGCUGGCUCGACGUGUUUCCCAGGAGCCGCGUUCAUCUCGUAGACGGAGACGCGCUGAUACGAAACCCUCUCGCGGAGAUGAAGAAGGUGGAGGAGUUCCUUCAGCUGGAGCCGCAGAUAAACGCCUCCAACUUCUACUUCAACCGCACCAAGGGUUUUUUCUGUUUGCGCGACCGCCGGCGCGAGCGAUGCCUGCACGGCUCUAAAGGCCGCAAACAUCCGCGCGUCGCUCCGGAGAUCCUGCGCAAGCUCUACGACUUCUUUCACGAGCCCAACCUGAGGUUCUUCGAGAUGGUGGGAAGAACGUUCGACUGGAAGUGAGACGCGGCGGAGUCUCUCCUGAAGUAACUGGAUCACGAGAAACCCUUAAUGUGACCGACUCUGUUCGUUGAUGAUUAUGAAGGCUUUGACGAAUCGCUCGCAGUAAGAUCUGAAAUGAGUGGAAGUCGUCUUUAGAGCCGUUUAAAAAACGUAUAUUUAGAUAUCUGGACAUAUGCAUGUGAGACACCGUUCUCUGCGUGACCGUAAAGAGCAGCGCUGCUAGGUUUAUGAAAGCGUGUGUCUUUUAUAUAAACUCGUGUCACAGCAAACAGCCUCAUUCAUUUCUUGACCGCUUGUAUAUUACCAUUUUUUAUAUGAAGGAAUCAUUCAGUAAUAAAGAUAUUUUUUCUACGA